UAUUAUCACAGCUGCAGCAGUUGGAAUUGGGCAGCCUUGCAUGAUCAUUGUCUUUGGACAGAUCACUAACAGUUUUGUGGAAACUGGCCAAAACAAAUCUACAGGUGGGAAUAAUUCAACAAUAGAUUUAGAAGGCCAGAUGACCACGUAUGCUUACUACUAUGUUGGACUUGGCUUUGGUGUGUUGAUACUUAGCACCAUUCAGGUCUGGACCUUUUUGAUGACUGCUGCAAGACAAACAGCAAGGAUACGAGAUAAAUUCUUUUUUGCUGUUCUUCACCAAGAGAUGGCCUGGUUUGAUACCAUGCAGAUUGGAACACUGAAUACCAGACUUACUGAUGAUAUCAACACCAUUCAGGAUGGCCUUGGAGACAAGAUCAGUUUAAUAGUCCAGUUUUCUGCCACAUUUGUGGCAGGGAUUAUUAUAGGAUUUUCGUACGGAUGGAAGCUUACUCUUGUGAUUUUGGCUAUGAGUCCUGUUCUUGUUGUAGCUGGGGCUGUUUGGUCAUACCUUCUGUCCCAUUUGACUACUAAAGAAUUGACUGCUUAUGCGAAAGCAGGAGCUGUUGCAGAAGAAAUCUUAUCUGCUAUCAGGACUGUUACUGCUUUUAAUGGACAGAAGAAAGCUCUUGCAAGGUAUGAUGCAAACUUAGAGGAAGCUAGGAUUGUUGGAAUUAAAAAAACUGUCACUACCAAUGCUUCUCUCGGGAUCACCCAGUUUCUUAUAUUUGCAUGCUAUGCUCUUGCCUUUUGGUAUGGAACUAAGCUCACAGAUGAGGAACCAAAUAACUAUGACAUCGGAAAUGUGUUAAUUGUGUUCUUUUCUGUGCUGAUCGGUGUGUUUUCCAUUGGACAAGCUGCUCCACAUCUGGAGAGCUUGGCAAAUGCUCGUGGUGCAGCCUAUGAAGUCUAUAAAAUUAUCAAUAAGUUCCGUCCCUUAGAUAGCAGCUCCAUUGGAGGAUUCAAGCCAGACAAGCUGCGAGGAGAGAUUGAAUUCAGGAAUGUCCAUUUUAGCUAUCCUUCCAGGCCAGAUUCUCAAAUUCUCAAAGGUCUAAACUUAAAAAUCCAGCCAGGGAAGACUAUUGCUUUUGUUGGCUCCAGUGGCUGUGGGAAAAGCACUACAAUUCAGCUAUUGCAGAGAUUCUAUGACCCAAAUGAAGGCGAGAUUUACAUAGAUGGAUGUGACAUCCGAGUUCUUAAUAUCAAGUGGAUGAGAGAGAACAUUGGAAUUGUAAGUCAGGAGCCCAUUUUGUUUGCCACCACAAUAGCUGGCAACAUUCGCUAUGGCAGAGAAAAUGUAACAGAUGCUGAAAUUGAACAAGCCUCCAAAGAAGCUAAUGCUUAUGACUUCAUAUCAAAACUUCCUGAUAAAUUCAACACUAUGGUUGGUGAAAGGGGAGCCCAGCUGAGUGGAGGGCAAAAGCAACGCAUUGCUAUUGCCCGGGCCCUGGUCAGGAACCCCAAGAUACUUCUGCUGGAUGAAGCUACCUCUGCUCUGGAUACUCAGAGUGAAUCCAUAGUUCAAGCUGCACUUGACAAGGCUAGAGCAGGGCGUACCACCAUUGUGAUUGCUCAUAGGCUCUCCACAAUCAAGACAGCUGAUGUCAUUGCUGGCUUUGACAAAGGUGUUCUUGUUGAGCAAGGGACACAUGAUCAACUUAUGGAACACAAGGGAGUCUACCAUGCUCUAGUAAUGCAGCAGAGUUUUGGAGGAGAUGAUCAUAAGGAUGAAACAUCAGAAGAAGGGACAGAGUUUGAGACUGAUUAUGAUGAUGAAACGUGUGAAGAAGAUGAUAUAAAUGAUCUGGAGUUAAAUAGCUUGGAAAAUCCUAUCAAAGGCUUGGAAAUUUUUAGAAUAAACAGCUUGAAUAGAAAGUCUAGCAGACACCACAUCAGUAGGGUAUCUACUAAAAAAUAUUCUGAAAAGAGAAAGAGGAAGACAAGGAAGAGGAAAGUUAAAAAGAAUAAAGAGGAGGAAGAAAAGCUGCCUGAGAUUCCCUAUUCCAGAAUCCUGGCUUUGAACAAGCCUGAGUUUUGUGCGAUUGCUGUGGGUGUCAUCGCUGCUGCUAUUGGAGGUUGUGUUACUCCUGCGUUUGCGAUUCUGUUUGGAAAAAUCAUUGGGACUUUUCGAGAAACAGAUCUUACCAAAAAAGGCCAAACCACAACAUUAUUGUCUUUGAUGUUUCUUGUCCUGGGAGUGAUCAGCUUAGUAACAUAUAUCCUCCAGGGAUUCAUGUUUGGGAGAUCUGGGGAAGCUCUGACGAUGCGGUUGCGAUCACUUUCAUUCAAAGCAUUGCUUCAACAGGAAAUUGGAUGGUUUGAUGACCAUAAGAAUGGUACUGGGGUUCUGUUAACCAGACUUGCUACAGACGCUUCUCAAGUCAAAGGAGCAACCGGAAGUCGACUGGGCUUAUUAACUAUGACUACCUUUACCCUCGUUGCUGCUAUUGUUAUUGCUUUUGACAAUGGAUGGCAAUUAACAUUACUCAUCCUGGCCUGCGUUCCUUUUGUGGCGCUUGCAAAUGCUAUCAGAUUUCGAUCAAUGACUGGUCAUACAUCAAAGGAUCAAAAAGCCCUUGAGGAGGCUGGAAGAAUUUCAACGGAAGCAGUAGAAAACAUACGAACAGUGGUUGCAUUAACAAGAGAAGACAGAUUUUUUGAGCAAUAUAAAGCAAGCUUAGCAGGUCCAUACAGGGACUCAUUGAAAAAAGCUCCACUUAAUGGAUUUACAUACGGAAUAUCCCAGUGUGCCAACUUUUUUAUAAAUGCUGCUGUCUUCAGAUUUGGAGCAUGGCUUGUUGUUAAUCAUUACAUGGACUUUGAACAACUCUUUAUAGUCUUUGCUUCUGUGAUUUUUGCUGCUAUGAAUGUUGGGCAGUCUAAUUCUCUUGCACCAGAUUUUGGCAAAUCAAAAGUUUCUGCUCAACGAAUUUUUCAACUUUUGGAUCGGAAACCUCAAAUUGAUAGCUACAGUGAAGAAGGUGAAAAACUGGAUAAAUUUGAUGGCAACAUUCAGUUCAAGGACAUCCAUUUUGUAUAUCCAACCAGAAGAGAAGUUCAGGUUUUGCAAGGGCUCAAUAUAAAAGUUAAUAGGGGGCAGACUCUGGCAUUGGUGGGGAGCAGUGGCUGUGGAAAAAGCACCUCCAUUCAGCUUCUGGAGAGAUUUUAUGACCCAGGAUCAGGUCAAGUGUUUGUAGAUGGAGUGGAUACCAAAACUUUGCAAAUACAGUGGCUAAGAUCCCAGCUGGGACUCGUACAACAGGAGCCUAUUCUGUUUGACUGCAGCAUUGCUGAAAACAUCCAGUAUGGAGACAACAGCAGAGUUGUCAGCCAGGAGGAAAUUGAAGAAGCAGCCAAAGCUGCUAAUAUACAUAAUUUCAUAGAAAAUCUCCCAGAGAAAUAUAAUACUCGAGUGGGUGAUAAAGGAGCACAGCUUUCUGGAGGCCAGAAGCAAAGAAUAGCCAUUGCACGUGCCCUUGUCCGUAAACCAGCGAUUCUUCUACUGGAUGAAGCCACAUCUGCCCUUGACACUGAAAGUGAAAAGAUUGUCCAGAAGGCCUUGGAUGAUGCCAGAAAGGGCCGAACAUGCAUUGUUAUUGCUCACCGGUUGUCCACUAUCCAGAAUUCUGACACCAUAGCAGUCAUUCAGAAUGGCAAGGUGGUGGAACAGGGAACUCACUCUCAACUACUAGCAAUGGAAGGGUUCUAUUAUACACUGGUCAAUGCCCAUGUACCCCACUAGCCUCAAUUCUAAAUUUGUUCUAUCCAUCAACACCGAGCAGAGAAUCUCCGGAUAAGAAGCAGCCAGGACCCAAAGAACUGUUCAACUAUUUCUAUACACCCAAAGUAGUUUUUAGCCAGUCUUUGACAUGAGGGACCUUUGGAAUCACGGGUGGGGCAGAAUUCUGCCAUACUGAGAACAAAUGUCAAAAAUUUCACCAGGGAUGCUUGGAAAUUGUUGCCAUGAUUAAGGCUAGUUGUGCCAUGUUGGUAAAAUUGUCAUGAAGUAGUGCUGAUGCAAAAUGCAGGCAUAUUGGAUGCCUACAUGAGAAGGAAAUGAGAUUUAUUUAUAUAUUGUUUUUGUACAUGAUACUAAUUCUGACUUUUGUAAUAAUGGUGAUAUAUAUGCAAUGGCAAAUCCAAUCACUUAUAAUAGCAUCUAUUGAUCAGUUGGAACAUGAAUUGUAAGCCAUCUUUGCACUAGCGCAUGUCUCAGGAGAUUUGGUGUGUGCAAUUCAAACUAUAUGUAGAAGAAGAAAGCAGGAAAAAAUACGUGCAUGCAUAAUUUAUAUCUUCUUGUUGAACCAAGGAUGUCAGUGUAGCCCUAGAGCACAGAAAACGUGUUUUUUAAAAAAACGUAUUUCAAAGAUUUUUAGAGCAUUUAAAAAUAUAUUGGGUGUUUCUAACCUUUUGAAAUUAGUAUUACAUAAAAAAUGUUUAGCAAAGUUAAUAGAUAUUGCAGUUUAUGGAUAGUUUUCAGUAUGUAGACUGUAGAUAGUUUUCAGUAUGUAGACAUUGUUCCUAUUCUGUUCCCGUAUAUCUGUUAAAAUGUUUGUUUGUUUAAUUUGUUGCUAACUUUCACAAAUAUCAUGGGCAUGAAAAGCAAAAACCCAAGGCUGCUCCUUGCACUAUUUUUUUCAACUUGCUCAAAUCCUUCUUAUUUCUCCUCACACACCAAGCAAGAUGGGCUUAUAAUCAUAGGUGACUGGAGCACAAAAGUAGGAAACAAAGCAGAAGUGCUAGCAGUGUGAAAUAAAGCAGGAGAUCAACUUUUAGAAUUCUGUGAAGGUAACAAUGUGUUCACUGCAAAUACAUGUUUCAGGCAACCAAAAAGACAAUUGCAUACAUGGAUAUUCCUAGACAGCCAAUAUAGAAAUCAAUUAGAUUAUAUAAUUGGAAGCAGAAGAUGGAGAAGCUGUAUUUUCUUUGCAAAAACAAAACCAGGAGCUGACUGGUACAGACCAUGAGGAAACGGGACUGAAUUCAGUCCCUCUCCAAAAGAUGACUUAUGUUUUAAAACUGACAGUGGGCAUGGAGUUCCAAUCUAGCUGAAACCAUUCACAGAUCUCUGCCGCUGGAUGCAGAAAUCUAUCUAAAGAUAACCCAACCAUGGCAUGAAUGCAUGUCUGUAGAGUCUAAAAGGGAUGCUGCGAGAUUCAGCACAAACAUGAUCAUAUCUUCCGGGACUUUCUUGAUAAGAUGCAAGAGAAACUCCUGACUGCAUUGCCUUGAUGGACUUGUCAAAGUUUGGAUGCUGCAUCUCUACACCUGUAUGAUAGCUGCUAAUUCAACAGGACCAGGUCGUUGCCUCUUUGGUUCUUACAGUACCAGUGUGGUGGUCUUCCUUUUUUUCAUUUCCAUCAUCACACCACUGCACCACUUCUACCAUUUGCCAAUAAUCUUGGUAGUAUGAUGGCUACACUGGGGCAAUCUGAGAAAAUUUUCCAGUAGUCUGUUAUAUGUAUUUUGCGUAUAAAAAUGGAACUGUUUAGUAUAAUACAUGUGUUACUUCAA